UCGAGUAAUCUAAAGUUGAAGUUCAUUGUGUUUGGAAGCCACGCCAAGCUUUGUCGCGGAAAAAGUGAAAAAAUUAGUGCGGAAUAUUGUUUAAAUCGGUCCUAUUUAAUAAUCAUUGAUUGAAAAUGAAGCGGGAAAACGACGAAAACCAGGAUAGUGAUCAGCACCAAGAUAAUAACGAUGAUGACGAUACAUCUGACAACAAGCCAGCAAUGAAGCGUUCGCGCAAAGAUGAAGAGGAAGUUCGUCUAUUGAUUCCUAGCAAGAUGGCUGGAGCUAUUAUUGGAAAAGGUGGACAUAACAUCCAAAAGCUGCGUUCAGAGUAUCAAGCCCAAGUGAAUGUAGGCGAUUGUACAGGCCCCGAACGUGUCAUCACCAUCGGCGGCGACAUGGAAACGAUUACCAAGGUGGUUAAGGACGUCAUGAAACAUCUGGAUAAGGCAGGAGAAAACGAAUACGAAUUGAGAAUUUUGGUUCACCAGAGCCUUGCAGGAUGCGUCAUCGGACGGGGUGGCACUAAAAUCAAAGAGUUGAAAGACCAAAUUGGCUGCAGGCUGAAAAUUUUCUCCAAUAUUGCUCCACAGAGCACGGACCGUAUUGCGCAAGUGAUUGGAAGCGAGGAACAAUGUCUGACAGCAUUGAACGAUAUCAUUGGGCUGAUCCAGGGAACACCGAUCAAGGGUCCAGUCCACAAUUACGAUCCUCACAAUUACGACGAUAUGUACGCCGAUGAGUAUGGUGGCUAUGGAAUUGGCGGCGGUGGUGGCGGCAACUUCCGUAACGGUCGAGGAGGUAAUGCUAGCGGUGGCGGUAACGACGGAGGCAGCGGUGGCGGCGGUGCGGGUGGUUUCGAUCGACGUGACCGUUUUGAUGAAAGAGGCCGCGGUGGUCGCGGAUAUGAUCGUGGAAAUGAUCGCAAUCGCGGCAUGAGAGAACGAGAAUUUAUCAAUCCUUGGGCACCAAACGUCAAUGGAAACCAAAUGGGAGGAAACAGUUUCGGAGGUGGUGCCGGUCUUGGAAUGGGUGGAUUGGGAGCAAUGAACCUUGGAGGUUCAGGAGGAAAUAUGGGUAAUAUGCCUAACAUGGGCAACAUGGGCAAUAUGGGUAACAUGGGAAAUGGAAGUAUGGGAAGUUUCGGAGGCAACAAUACCGCCAUGGACAACAAAACAUCCACCCAAGUAACAAUUCCAAAAGAUCUGGCAGGUGCAAUCAUUGGAAAAGGUGGUGGUCGGAUUCGUCGUAUUCGAAAUGAGUCUAAUGCUUUUAUUCAAAUCGAUGAAGCUCUGCCGGGAUCAACCGAUCGUAUCAUCACCAUCACCGGAUCACCGAAAGAAAUCCAGGCUGCUCAGUACAUGUUACAACAGAGCGUACGUGAGAAUCUGAGUGGAGGCGGCGGCGGCGGCGGCGGCGGUGGCAGCAGCGGCGGCGGCGGCGGCGGUGGAUUCAAUCGCAACUAAAUGCAUUUAAAUUGCUCUUCGCAUACUACAACCAUUUAGUCUGUAUAAGACACAUGUUAGGUAUAAGCACAUGCAUACAGUAGUGGAAAACAAAUUUGCAUCAACCUGCGAUUUUAAAUACCAAAAUGGCUUCCCGAAAUGACGGGUUGAUGUUAUGUACCGCAUAUGAAAGAUUCCAUGGUGAUGCAACUUAAUUGCUUGCUACUGUAUGUGACCAAGUAAAGCCACCGGCUCAAACACAAAUCCAAGAAAUAGUUGAGCUACUGAGUACGUGUAAAAUGUCAUACUAAGAUCAGUUUGUGACCCUUCUAACCGUAGCAAUAUCAAUCAAUCCAUUCUUCUAUAAUAGAUUUAUACAACUAAUUUGUUUGGAAUUCUAGAACGACAAAUAUUUUGUAUUAUUUUUUAUUAUUUUAUUUUUUAUAUUUACAUCUAUUUGGCAAGACCGAUUCUAUGUUUUUGGCAAUAUAAAGUUGAAUAUUUCUAAUAAAUUACAAAUAUCUAAAACUGUCUGUUUUGGGAUGGCCAGUCAUAUUUGUGAAUGAAUAUGUUACAUUUUUUAUUUGUAAUACAAAUGUCUUAGAAAAAAAUAUACUUAGUACGAGCAGGUUUGUCCAGUACAAAGUUAACAAAUCAUUUUGUAUCAAGCCCUAGCUACAUGAAACUUUUUAUGUACGUUAAAUAAGUACCAAAGGACAGGCAAGACAGGACAGGAAACAUUUCAAUAAAUAAUUGAGUGCGAUAUUCGAUAAGUUCAUUCACACGUAACUGACAGGUAUUAAGUGUAGCACUUUAAUGCGAUUGAAAAAAAUGUUACGGUAUUGAGAUGGGUUGAUUCUGUAAUUGAAAUUUAGGAUUUUAUGCCUUAAGUUCAACGAGAGAAUAAAUAAAACUAACACAACAUAUAAAA